AUGAAAGAAAGCACACCACGGAAAAGGAUCAUUGUCGCCAUAACAGGCGCGACAGGCGCCCAGAUCGGCAUUCGUCUGCUACAAACCCUACGCCGCCUUAACGUCGAGACACACAUCAUCAUCAGCAAGUGGGCCGCCGAGACGAUAAAAUGGGAAACAGACUACACGCCUGCAGCGAUAAAAGCCCUCGCGGAUUACUCUUACAGUUCACAUGACCUCGCCGCGCCCAUAGCGAGCGGGUCUUACCGUGUGGAUGGCAUGAUCGUGGCGCCAUGCUCAGUCAAGACGUUGGCUGCGAUCAAUGCGGGGAUAUGUGACGAUUUGGUCACGCGGGCUGCAGAUGUGUGCUUGAAAGAGAGGAAGAGGCUGGUACUGUCUGUCCGGGAAACCCCGUUCAGUGAGAUUCACUUGAGGAAUAUGAUGGAGGUGACGAGGGCGGGCGCCAUUAUUGCACCGCCUGUGGUAGCGUUUUAUACGCGGCCUUCAUCUAUCGAUGAUAUUCUCGAUCAGAUGGUGGGGAGGUUGCUUGAUUUGUUUGAUUUGGAUGCGAGGAAUUUUGAGAGGUGGGAUGGUAUGCCGAAGAGUGUUGCGAGUAAGAAAUGA